UGUUGUGCCCGGACGUUUUAUUCUGUUGCACACCAUGCCCUUGACUUCCUACGAGAGGUGAUAGUCGACAAGUAAACGCAGGCGGCUGGGAGGUCACAUCAGUUUCUGAAUUGAAGGGGAAACUCGUCGUUAUGGGGUUUAUACCAGACCAGGGAAAGUCUCUCCCUCCUCCGGCAGUCGCCAACAGGAACUCGGUGUGGCUGGCCGGUGUAGGCUGGUGUUCCGCGAUGCUUCAUAAUGCAAUUAACCACAGGCCGCCGCUAAAAUCAGGGGUUCACCGACAAUUCCUAAUGGCAACAAUUGGUUGGUUCAUCGGCUACCACCUUACAAAAUAUGAAAAUUACACUUUCGCCAGACUUGAUCGAGAUAUGAACGAGUACAUCAGACUCCACCCGGAGGAAUUUGCACCAAAGGAAAAAAAGACCUUUGCAGAGAUUGUCGAGCCCUUCCAUCCUGUGCGCUAAGUGUCGGCGGCUGACGAGAAGGCGGAGGGGAGGGAGAGAGAAAACACUUGGCAGACUGCCAUCUGUCUUGAGUGGUGUUUUUGUGAAAUCUUUCUGUCAUUUAUUGUGUGAAAUAUAGUUAUGUAAAUAAAAACAAUACCCAUCUUCAA